AAGAAGAAGCAGGAGAAGGCGAAGGAUGCUGUACCACCGCACUGAAGAAGGCGCUCUCAAACAGGACGGUUUCAGGAGUGCGACAAACAUGCCGCAACAUUUCGUGAUCCGGCACACAACCGACGAACCCGAGCCGCCGGGGGGCCACCGUCCGCCAUCGAGAGUGCAGUUGCCUCCGGCGCUGUUCACGUUGCCGCCCAAAGCCACGGACGAAGUGGUCGAGGGCAACAAGAAAGCAAAGGAAGUGGCCAAGAAGAAGAAGAAGAAGAAUAAGCGCCGUCGUGGUCACCACAAGCCCACGGAAGUGGUCCGGGAUGGUGGCACCAAGGAAGGCGGCAAGGAGCCCACGGUCGUGACGCACAACGCAGAACUCUACCUGGGAAAUGAAGAUGUACUACCCAUGUCACUCCCUGCUAAUCCCGCCCAUGAGCCGGUUACUACGAUGAAGCUGACCAAAGACCGACCUUCCUUAGUGGAGCUCAGAGAAGAGGUCACUGAAGCGAAGGAAGGCGCCAAAGUGAGAAAUGCUGAAAGUCUGCCCAAGCCGCGUCCUGCCAAGGACAGCGCGGUACCCAACGAUCCGAGGACGCUGACCAAACUUCGACCUUCCUUAUUGGCGCUCAAAGAUGCGUUCAGGAAGAUGGCGCCCAAACCGAAAAUGGACAUGGGAAGCAGAAAGAUAUCGGUGGCAUCUUCCAUGGCGUCCGGACCAUCACAAGCUGCGGCAGCAGGCCCGCCCGCCAGGCGUUCUACGAUCGCGUCAAACACGAAGAGCCACGAUCGCAGCCGGAAGGGGCAGCAUUCCACCGUGUGCGUCGGCCCCGACAAGAGCGGCGACCAUUCGCCCACCUCCGGUCCCGCGUCGGCCUUCAACAGCACCGGCGUGCGCUCCCUCCUGAAAAGCUACACCGUCAACAUGCCCAGCGGCCACUCGCUGGCAUUCUGCGUCACGGCUCUCGUCGUGCUCGAGCUCGCGUUUGCCGUAGUGGUCGUGAUCCUGACCGCGAUCCUAGGGCGAAUGCACUCGAAGAGGCAGGCCGUUUCUUCGCCCGUCACGACUGUCGCCAGUCCUCAUCUCCUGGAAGCUGGUGUCGGCGCCGACUGCCACGAUCGGAACACGUUACCUGUUCCGUGACUGGCCACGCGAGCUCCCAUCAGUUCCUGGAAUCAAGGACACACGGAGCCUGCACGUGCGGCUGUCCUCGUGCUUGUUGAUUUAUGCGUCGCUCCUUUCUUUUCUCUCGGAUGUGUGCAAUUUUGCUCAAAUUACUUUCAGCUUUCCGCGCGAUGACAUGCGUUAUAGAUUGCCGGAUGUGACAUGCCGGAUUGUGACUCACCCUAUAAUAGAUAUCCUUUUAUCGCUCUCCGCUUUGCGCCGAAUCAAAUGCGAGUUCGCGUAGCAGGGCGCGUGGAAGUGGCUUUCACGAGCUUUUGAAGGCACCGGAUCGCCGUAACCUACUAUAUGCCACUUUUGUAGCGGACGUUAAAGUUGAGGUGAUUAUUGUCCGAUUUUGCUGCUCCCUGGUCCAGGUGUGUCUUGCAGUUACGAUGACCUGACUUCUCC